AUGCCCCUAGACUCAAGCGACGUUGUUCUCCCGCGCCCAGGUGCAAAAACGAGCCCAUCGAGCCCGCCAAUCUCCGGCCCAACCGAGGCUUCAUUCACAUCAACCUUUGGCACGCUUCUCCCACCCGCCAAAUACGUGAGCACGAGUAACGGCAAGGCCGCCUACUACGAGUUUCUUCCGUCUGUCCCUGGGAACAAUUCCAGCGCCCCAGAUCGCGUACUCUUCAUCCAUGGCGUGCAAACUCCAGCUCUGGGCAUGUUCCCGCUCGCCCGUGCCCUGAAAGAAUCCUUUCCCAACGCCCAUUUCGUUCUCAUCGACCUUUGGGGCCACGGGCUUAGUGACACGCCUGUCAUGCCUCACGAUGCCAGCUUAUUCCAUCAGCUUCUAGAUUCUGUGCUAGACCAUUUGGAGUGGCCGUCAGCACACCUCGUUGGCUUCUCGUUUGGCGGCUCCCUGACUGCAGGAUACACUGCCUCUCGCUCAUCACGGGUUUCGAGCUUCACCCUUGUCGCACCAGCUGGUCUUAUUCGCUCGGCGAAUUUCACUGAGGAAGAGCGCAAACAUCUGCGAAUAGACUGUGACGACGAAACUGCGGCUCGGAAAUGGGUGCUGGAGUUCCUGGAGGGUGGUGAGCUAAUGGUCCCUUCGGAUUGGCAGGAGCGUGUUAGAAAUGGCGAGGUCGUCGCCGAAGCUGUACGAGAAUGGCAAAUGCGUGAACAUCCGGGACAUGUGGCUUCUGUCGUGGCAGUGGUCAGAGAUGCUAGUGUAAUGGAUAAUGACGCUGAGUUCGCCAGGGCUGUGGGCACCGGGAUUCCUUCUCUGGUUGUGUUGGGGGGUCUAGAUGACUUGUGUACCGAGGAGCAGCUCAACGACCUUGGUUUCACUAAUGUUGCCGUUGUUCCCGAUGUUGGACAUGGUGUUGUAAGGGACAGGGCGAGAGAGGUUGCUGACUAUAUCGGCAAGGUUUGGAGGCAACUGUGA